AUGUCAAAUCCACAAUCGGUUCUUUUCGACCACCCUCCACCAACUAUUCAACCUAUUCCUAUUGGAAGACCUAAUAUAGUGUCAAUUUUGAAUUUGAAAGUAGUGAAUUACUUCUUCCUGCUGUUUUUGAUCAUUUUGAUCUUACAAUAUGUGUGUAUCUUUAUAACUAUACCUUGUGAUGAAGUAUUGAAUCGACCUCAAAUUUGUGUCAUUUCCAGCUUUUAUGAUGCAUUGAUGUUUACUGCUUGUUGUUGUAUAUUCCCGUUAGGUACUGUGAUUCCUACGUUGAAAAGUGUUACAUAUCUAGGUGUAUCUUGUCUUUUACAGCUCAUGGGUCUUGGAAUAUCAAUACCCACCUUUAUCAGAGUUUUGAAUACCGAAAACAUGUAUCUGUAUGAAUAUAACAGUACUACCAAUACAUCAGUUAAAGUGAAUAUUACCACUUAUAUUCAAGUUGUUACUUUCAUAUCAUUAUUUUUCCAUUCAUUAGGAUUUAUAAAUUCUCUUAUAAAUUGUAUUAUUACUUAUCGUGGAUUAUGUUACCUUACCAACGGGAUAGAUCGAAGAAAUAAACACAUAGAUUUGGAAUUCACUGACCAAUUUCCUACGGAGAUCAGAUUGGAGCAAAUUAAGUUAUAUAGAGCUUAA